CCUCCGGCGGGCGCCCAGCGGAUCUGUCUGGCUGGCGCAAUCUCGCGCGCUCCUUGCAUUGAUCAAAAAGGGGGGUUGAAACAGUAAACGCGAGGAGGAGCAACUGCUCCGACUCGGCUCGGAAGCGCGACCAAUGGGGUUGCGAGCUCCUUCGCGCGAACCAAUGACCGCAGGGCCCGAGGCAGCACGGGCCAAUGGGCCGCCGACUCGGCGCUGGAACAAGGCAGGGGCUCAGAGCUGGGUGCAGACUCGUAGCGCAGCUGCCGGGAACGCUUGCUGUUCACGCGUUUGGUCCUCCUUUGCUGACUCGCCGCCCUCGCCGCCCUCGCCGCCGCACCAUGGACGCCCCGAGGCAGGUGGUCAACUUCGGACCUGGUCCCGCCAAGCUGCCACACUCAGUGUUGUUGGAGAUACAAAAGGAAUUAUUAGACUACAAAGGAGUUGGCAUUAGUGUUCUUGAAAUGAGUCACAGAUCAUCAGAUUUUGCCAAGAUUAUUAACAAUACAGAGAAUCUCGUGCGGGAAUUGCUAGCCGUUCCAGACAACUAUAAGGUGAUUUUUGUGCAAGGAGGUGGGUCCGGCCAGUUCAGUGCUGUCCCCUUAAACCUGAUUGGCUUGAAAGCAGGAAGAUGUGCGGACUAUGUGGUGACAGGAUCUUGGUCAGCUAAGGCUGCAGAAGAAGCCAAGAAGUUUGGGACUAUAAAUAUCGUUCACCCUAAACUUGGGAGUUACACAAAAAUUCCAGAUCCAAGCACCUGGAACCUCAACCCGGAUGCCUCCUACGUGUAUUAUUGCGCAAAUGAGACGGUGCAUGGUGUUGAGUUUGACUUUAUACCUGACGUCAAGGGAGUAGUACUGGUUUGUGACAUGUCCUCAAACUUCCUUUCCAAGCCAGUGGAUGUUUCUAAGUUUGGUGUGAUUUUUGCUGGUGCCCAGAAGAAUGUUGGCUCUGCUGGGGUCACCGUGGUGAUUGUCCGUGAUGACCUGCUGGGGUUUGCCCUCCGAGAGUGCCCCUCAGUCCUGGAGUACAAGGUGCAGGCUGGAAACAACUCCUUGUACAACACGCCUCCAUGUUUCAGCAUCUACGUUAUGGGCUUGGUCCUGGAGUGGAUUAAAAACAAUGGAGGUGCCGUGGCCAUGGAGAAGCUUAGCUCCAUCAAAUCCCAAAUGAUUUAUGAGAUUAUUGAUAAUUCUCAAGGAUUCUAUGUAUGUCCAGUGGAGCCGCAGAAUAGAAGCAAGAUGAAUAUUCCAUUCCGCAUUGGCAAUGCCAAAGGAGAUGAUGCUUUAGAAAAAAGAUUUCUCGAUAAAGCUCUUGAACUCAAUAUGUUAUCUUUGAAAGGGCAUAGGUCUGUGGGAGGCAUCCGGGCCUCUCUGUAUAAUGCUGUCACGAUUGAAGAUGUUCAGAAGCUGGCCACCUUCAUGAAAAAUUUUUUGGAGAUGCAUCAGCUAUGAACACAUCCUAACCAGGAUAUGCUCUGUUCUUGAACGACAUACAAAGUUUAAAGUAACUUGGGGAUGGCUACAAAAAGUUAACAAACAGUAUUUUUCUCAAAUUAACAUAUUUAUUAUGAGCAGCAGCAAAGCACCUAUGGCUCUGCAAAGCUGGUGGGACCUAAUGUUCGCCUUAAUUCUGACUUGAACUGGCAGCAUUUUAAGAAAUCUUCCCAUUGCUUUUCUAACAAAUUCCAGCUUAUUUUGCCUUUGCUGCUACUUUUUCUAGUUAGAUUUCAAACUUACCUAUGAACUUAAUAAUGCAAACUGCAAUUAUUUCUGGAGUCAUAGGAACACACAGCACAGAGGGUAGGUGGGGCCCUCUAGGUGCUGAGUCUAGACAUCUGUGGGCUUGGCAAAGAAUUGGCUUAGUCUUUCAAAUGCAGAAUAAAACAAAUCCAUAGGAGUCUGCUUAGCUUGGAGUAGCAGUUAUAUACUUUCUUAGGCCAACCCAGCUGUUACAAGGAUGUGCCUUCCUCCUGUUGCUUAUGAAACCCUUUGCAUAAUUCCCCAGCUUUGAGUAUAAUGCAGCUAUGUCUUCCAUGGGGGUUUAUGGGUUCAGUGGCUGUUGAUUCAAGGUCAACACUGACGAUUUGGGGAAUGGUUUAGGAGUACCAGGCAAAGGGCAAACUGUAGAUCCAGCUUUUUACUGUUAUUACAAGAGAAGUGACAUAUUUUAUAUAUGUUUAUAUUAGCAAGGUCUGUUUUUAAUACCAUAUACUUUAUAUGUCUAUGCAUUUGUAUUUCUAAUAAUACAGUUAUCACUGAUACACGUAGAGACUUUCAGAACUUAUUAAAUCCUUGACCUUGUGCAUUAUAGCAUUCCAGUAGCAACAGUUGCAUUCCCUUCUCAGUCUUCCCCUUCCUCUUUUAAGCUGUUUUAUGAAAAAGAGCUAGAAGUUCUUGAUUCAUUUUUACCCUUCUUUCCAUUGGUAGAAGAAAAAAUUGAUUGGUUGUUUGUUUAAUUAUGCCAUUAAACUAAACAUUUCUGUUAAAUUACCUUAUCCUCUGUUCUCUUGACUGUUUUCUUUGUAAUGUUUGAUGAUGAGAGUGAUACUUUGCUGAAAAGUCUUCCCCCUAUUGUUAACCUAUUGUCAGUAUUUUAUGUUGAAUAUGUGAAGAACAUUAAAGUCCUAAAACAUCUAA